AAAGUCUCUGAGUUUCACAGAGAAGGGAACGAUUGGUUUUGCAAAACAGGACUGUCAAGUGAUAUCACUGUUGUUGUUGAUGAUGUGAAGUUCCAUCUUCAUAAGUUUCCAUUGGUUUCUAAAUGUGGAAAGUUAGCACGGAUGUAUGAAGAUUCUAAAAGCACUGAUAAGCAAUCUCUCUGGACAACAGUGCUUGAAGAGUUCCCUGGUGGUGCAGACAAUUUCUUGAUAGUUUCGAGAUUCUGUUACGGGGCUCGAGUAGAUAUCACCUCGAAAAACUUAGUUUCCAUACACUGUGCAGCUGAGUACCUUGAAAUGACAAAUGAAUAUGGGGAAGAUAACUUAAUUUCCCAAGUUGAGACAUUUUUGCACAAGCAUGUGCUUCGCAAUUGGAAAGACUGUAUCUUGGCGUUACAAAGUUGUAACCCGGUGUUGAAGAGUGCAGAAAAGCUUCAGAUGAUACCCAAACUCAUGAACGCUGUGUCCACAAUGGUGUGUACUGACCCGAGUUUGUUUGGAUGGCCAAUGAUGAUGUAUGGUACAUUGCAGAGUCCGGGUGGAAGCAUUUUAUGGAAUGGAAUAAACACGGGGGCACGAAUGAGAAGCUCGGGUUCGGAUUGGUGGUAUGAAGAUAUCUCUUAUCUUAGUGUAGAUUUGUUUAAAAAGCUCAUUAAGACGAUGGAAACAAAAGGUAUACGUGCGGAAAGUUUAGCCGGUGCUAUGAUGUAUUAUGCGAGAAAGUACUUGCCGGGUUUGGGACGGUGGCAGAGCGGAACAAGUGACAGCAGCAAAAGCAGAAGAAGAGUUGUGAGUUUUAGUUUGGCGAAAGCUUCUUCACCAUCAUCUAUGUCUCCUGUUGAUCAGAUUGCUUUGCUUGAAACCAUUCUAAGCCUUCUACCCGAAAAGAGAGGAAGAUCAUUCUGUAAGUUCUUGCUUGGCCUCCUCCGUGUUGCUUUCAUUUUAGGAGUUGAUGGGAAUUGUGUAAAGAAGUUGGAGAAAAGAAUAGGAAUGCAGUUGGAGCUCGCAACGCUCGAGAAUCUUCUGAUUCUGAACUAUUCUGAUUCAGAGACGUUGUACAAUGUAGAUUGUGUAGAACGAAUAGUCCGCCAUUUUGUAUCAUCAUUGUCAUCCUUACAGUUACCUGAGUUCUCUCCUCCAUCUUUGGAUCCAGUGACGUCUCCUUCUUCGGCACCUUUAAGAAAAGUGGCGAAGCUGGUCGAUAGCUACAUGGCUGAGGUUGCUUCCGAUGUGAAUCUGAAACCGGAUAAAAUGCGGUCUCUUGCAGCAGCUCUUCCAGAAUCUUCAAGACCCUUGUAUGAUGGUCUAUAUAGAUCAUUUGAUAUCUAUUUCAAGGAGCAUCCAUGGCUAUCAGACAAAGACAAGGAACAACUCUGCAACAUCAUGGACUAUCAAAGACUCUCUAUAGACGCUUGCGCUCAUGCUUCCCAUAACGAUAGGUUACCACUCAGAGUUGUUCUUCAAGUACUCUUCUUCGAACAAAUGCAUCUCAGAACCGCUCUUGCAGGCGGUCUCAAUGUUGCAAACACCGAAACAGCUCAUGCACUAACGAUCCCUGGUCGAAGAAUGGGACAGGAGAUAGUUCAGCGAGACGGUUGGGUGACCGUUGUGCGCCAAAACCAGGUUUUGAAAGUUGAUAUGCAGAAAAUGAGGUCACGUGUUGGAGAAUUAGAAGAGGAGUUUCAGAGUAUCAAGCAGGAGAUGAAGAAAAGAGUGAACAAGUCCUCUAGCUCCAUGAGCUCGCCUCGUCUGGUCAAGCUUGGAUGUAAGUUUCUUCUUCCACGAGCCUCUGAUGCCAAGAAUGAUACAGUCCAGAACUCAGUGUCCAGCACUCCUAGAUCUGCUACCGCUGACCACACACUCCCUCGUUCCUCCCGCCAUUCCAAACACCGCAAAAGCUUCUCCUUUUUCGGAUAAUCUUCAUUCAAAAACAUUUAUCUUCCCCUCUUCUCAAAGCCCAACACAAAGAAAGUUCCUUUUCCUUUCUUGAGGCUUUCCCUCGAGGAAGUUUCUCUCUUUUUUCCCGGGGAAACCAACAGAAACGGGAUUGCUUCGUAUAAACAGGAAAUGGCCCAAGAACAGAAGCUGGCCAUUUGAAGAAGAAGACGAUCUCUUUCUGCUCAGCAAACUGUUCUGUGUUCUUUGUCCCUCUUCGGUUUCGAGAAUUUGCCGCAGUUUUUCUCCCAAGAUGUCUUGUAACUAUCUGUGUAAAUCUUUCUUCGUUUUGUGCAUUUGUCAAUAGUAUAGAAUCUUUUCUACUUUUCAGAGGCAUUGUAACAAACAAAGGACUACUAAAGCUACACAGAAAACUAUAUUGUUACCGUUGAUCCUUAAGAUGAUUUUCGCGGGAGCUCUGUAUUAUUAAAAUAAGUCAAACAAUUCUCU